AUGCACCCGCACCGCCUCCCUUGCCACCGCCACCGCCACCGCCACCGCCACCGCCACCGCCACCGACACAACAAUCAGCCGAUCACGGUCGCCCUGGACCUGGUCCAGUCGGCCCCAUUCUGCUGUGGACAUUCGACCCGCUGUGCGGCCGCGCGCCCCGUCGUCGUGGAGCGCCUGCUCUGUGCCAUCCUGGAGACCCACAUCGACCACCUCUCCUGCCCUCUCCUGCAGGCUGCCUGCAAGCCGACUGACGAUGUGCUGUCGCUGUUCGGCCAGUGCCUCGACCUCGGCACUCGGCCAGUGCCCGCAGCCCGGCGAUGCCCGCACUGCCACCUCGCCGAGCCCAUGUGCCAGGCCUGCCAGGUCCCGCCCAAGGAGAGUGCCGCUGACACAUUUGCCGUGCGCAUUGGCCAGACACCCUCCGACCUGGCGGCCGGGUCCUUCAUUGCGACCUGGCUCCCGACCGGGUCAUCUGCCAGCCCGAGCGGGGAGAAUCCCCUGGAGGCCGAGCUACAAGUGCAAGUCCAGCCUGAUGAUGCCGAUGGUGGCACCGGUGGCCAGAGAACCUUGACGCCGCUGGGGCUUGUGGGACUUGAGGAGCUUGGCUUUCCGAGCUCCUUCCAGAUGCACCGGUAA